AUGUCCGACUCAAAUGAGAUAAACCGUGCAGAAACAGAGGAUGACAGGCUGUCUAACCUUGGGCCACUGUCUCAGCGUGAGGCUGAAGUUUUGUAUGCACAUGUGUUUCAUUUAUUUUGCUCUAUUUUUCAGGAGGUGCAGAAAGCAGCUUCUCUGUUCUUCAUGUACAGUGAUUUGUCUUCCAUGAUCCCCAGUCUCAUAGUGACCCUCCUCCUGGUGGCCUACAGCGAUCAGCGUGGCCGAAAGAUCACUAAUAUUUUGCCCCUCAUUGGGUCUCUGGUCUACACGCUUUCAUUCCUGGCGGUCUCCUUCUUCGAGCUCAACCUCUACCUCCUCAUUGCCGCCAGCUUCGUAAGUGCCCUCUUUGGGGGUAUCGGCACCAUGCUAGGUGGCUGCUUCUCCUAUGUGGCCGAUUUGUGCGAGGACAGCAAGCAGAAAACUCUUCGCAUGGCUGUAGUGGACAUGAUGAUUGGCUUGUUGGCCGGUGUGGCAUCAAUCUCCACUGGCUACUUCCUGCAUGCGGUCGGGUUCAACUGGCCUUUCUUCACGUCUGCCAUAUUUCAGGUGGUUAACUUGCUAUAUGCCAUCUUCAUUCUGGAAGAAACCAGGGUGAUUGACCGGUCAGAGACUGUGGCUUGUUGUCAGGCCAUGCAGAAACUUGUAUGUGGUAUCUACAACUUGUUUGCAGGAGGCAGUAGUCAAAGAAAAUGGAUUCUUGUGCUGUUGAUUGUCACUUUCUCCUCCUUAUCUUUUGUCAAUACGGGGGGUCUGUCCAUGAUCACACUUUACGAACUCAAUGAGCCGCUGUGCUGGAGCGAGAUCCUCCUUGGCUAUGGCGCCGCGGCCAGCACCUCCAUCUUUAUCACUAGUUUUGUCGGUGUGUAUUUGUUCUCCCUCUGUCUGUCUAACACUGCCAUCGCCUUCAUCGGGAUGCUGUCAGUCGCUAUAAGCAUGUUCAUGACGGCCUUCGCAAAGACCACGCUCAUUAUGUUUCUCGUAAGGAUUCCUGCUAUGUUUGCCAUCAUGCCGUUCCCUGUCCUGCGUUCGAUGAUGUCAAAGGUCAUCUCAAAGUCUGAGCAGGGAGCACUCUUUGCCUGUGUGGCCUUUACGGAAAACCUGAGCACUAACGGGUCCUCUGCGGUUUUUAGCAGAAUCUAUGCGGCCACCGUGGCAUGGUGUCCUGGCUUUAUCUUUAUGUUGGGUGCUGGACUCUGUAUCAUUCCCAUAAGUCUAUUAGGCAUCCUUAGGUGUUUCCAUUCAUUGGAUUCUAAUGACACUCAAGCACUCUUGUCAGAAGAUGGGACUGAAGCCUCACAUGACCCACCUGAAGCUUAAAAUCAACGGGAGUUUGGAUACCUCAUGGUUCCCCUGUGUGUUUCUUUACAUUUCCUCAUACCAACAUAUGUGGGUAAUCUGUUCAAGCCUAUGUGUAUUUUUAGUAUUUUGAGUCGCUGCCAUGAAAUAUGCAUUUUUGCUGAAAUGCAGUAUAUGCUUAUGGUGGUUUUGGAAGGGAACAGAACUUUAUAUUUCUAAAGGGAAAUUUUUUGAAAGAGGGAGUAUUUUUAAAAAUAAUAAUAAUAAGAUUUUCAGCAAAAACUAAAUGUAUAUUUCCUUAAGGAAAUACCAGUCACUUGCAAGGCAGCAACAAAACAGUAACAGUCUAAGGUGAGUUUAGGUUAGGCUUUGAUUCUGUUUCGUCCACAAACAAGAAUGUAGUUAAUGUGAAGGGUAAUGACAAGACCAAUCAUAAUUCAGUGUGCAAAUAGAUGUAAGAAAGAUGACCAAUCCAAUUAAGUAUGCAAAUAUAACAAUUAUAUCUACACCUUUAAAGAACUUAAGGGUUUAAAAAUUGAAAAUCGUGGUUUGAAUAGAGUUAAAGAGACCAGAAUAGAGUUAGUUUUAAUAGAUUUAGAAUUAGAACCGAAUUAAUUUAUUGUAUGUACUGAAUUAAGUGCAGAAGUUUAAUACUUAGAGAUUGAAUGUUUGAGGGAUAUCAGUACAUUGCUACCUUACAAGUGUAAAGUUUGGGCUGAUGUGCAAUAUAUAUAUAUUUUUUUGAACCAACAUUUACUGUAGAUUUAUAAAGUAUAUAAAAUUGUAUUUUAUAAAGCAUAAGAUUUAGGAUGCAUCUUUAUAGUGUUUUAAAGUUGUCUAUGCUAUUCUAAGUGUGGCAGGUUUUCAUUAGUCUCAUAUUUGCACAGAUCUGAGUAAUGAGCAGUUUAGCCAAUAAGCUCUGCCCUGCCAUUGACUGUCUGUCAUCUGAAACAAGUUAAGAUACAUAAAUGAUACACUGGUGUAGAUCAGUUUACUUUGUUUGGAGGCUUAGCUGUGAAAAAAGUGAUUUUGGAGGACUGGGCAGAUCAGUCAGUUGAUAUUUGUACUUAUCUGCCUGUAUUGUUCUCCUACACCCACAAACAUACACAUUCCCAACAGGAAUGCAUAUUGAACCACUGGGGGAAAUA